CCGCAAGAGCUGGAAGACGCACCCAACGAUGGAACCGGGCGGCUUGGGAACACGGACUGGUGUCUAUGUGGUUCCUGCGCGCCGAUGGAGACCGUCGUCGAGUGCGUCUGCUGCCGCGAAUACCCGGCCGUCGCACGGAAGCAGCAGGGCCGGCAGGGCUGCGUAACGGGCCACCCGGACUUCGAGGCCCUGUGCCUCAACCCUGAGGUGUUGAGGUUGGCCUACCUCAACAUGCGGCACUACGGGCAGCAAGGGAUGGGCGCAAGUGCCAGCGAGCACUACAGAUUUGCAGCCUACAGGCAGUGUGCCCUGUGGCUGUGGAGCCGCUUGGGAAAGAAGAAUAGGCGGCCCCUGCCAUCCUGUGUGGUCAAGACAAUUAGGGGCAGGUACCCUGCUGACGUGUAUGCGGGCUACAGGGAUGCAGAAUAAAUUGCGUUGACCU